AUGGUCCAAUCGAUGAUGAGUUAUGCACGACUGUCUAUUUCAUUUUGGGGAUAUGCCUUGCUUUCUGCGAGUCAUAUAUUAGACAAUUUACCGUCAAAAUCUGUUCCUGCUACUCCAUAUGAGUUGUGCAAUGGGCGCAAGCCCAAUCUAGAACAUCUCAAGAUAUGGGGGUGUCCAGCUCAUGUUUUGGAAAAGGAUCCAACUAAGCUGGACUCAAGGACAAAGAAAGUCAUUGUGAGAACUCAUGCGACAUUCUUAGAUGAAGACUUUGUUAUGAAUCAUAAACCCAGCAGUGAGGUGGCUCUAGAAGAGCUCACUUUAGUCACAAGCUCCAUUAACCAAGAACAAGUGCCAAUUGUACAACCAAUUCCCGAACCUUCAACUUCUACUCCUAAUGUUAUAGUGCCGCGCCGCAGUGGAGGGGUCUCUCAUGAGCCCGACAGCAAGUGGAUAUACAAACGUAAAUGUGGACCCGGUGGACGAGUUAAAGUCUUUAAGACAAGACUAGUGGCUAAGGGUUACACCCAAAAGGAAGGUAUCGAUUACGACGAGACCUUCUCCCCGUUGGCCAUGCUCAAAUUGAUCCAGAUUCUUUUGUCUAUAGCAGCUUAUAUGGAUUGGGAUGUGUGGCAGAUGGACGUUAAGAUUGUGUUCUUGAACGGUAGUCUUGAGGAGACCAUCUACAUGGAACAACCCGAGGGUUAUGUCGUCAAGGGCAAAGAGCACAUGGUAUGGAAGCUUAAGAAAACCAUUUAUGGCCUCAAGCAAGCAUCUAGAUCAUGGAAUCAGUGA